AUGAGUGCUAGUACUACAAAAAAGAAGUUGAACAUAAAAUCUCAGCCUUUUAAUAUUGAAGAAACUUAAAAGCAACCUCAUCCUCAUCUUGUACUUCCAUCAAAGAAUUAUCUACCUAAAAAUGAAAUUCAAGAAUAUUUCCCUUAAAAGAGUUUUAAUCCUUUUGAUGACCUGGCUCCUGAUUUCGUCAGCAAUUAGAAAUAACCUGCUUAAGUCCCCAUUUAACAGUAAGGACCUAAAGAAAAAAAAAAACUCAGAAACACUCAUUAUUAAUUUUAAGUCGACCCUAAUUUAGCAGAAAAGGUACCUUUUUAAAUUAACUUACAAGAUUGAAUAAAAAAGUAAAUAAGAAUUGGAAUUGCUGAAACUAGAAGAAUAAAGAAAAAUAGAAGAGGAAAAAUUACAAUAAGAAGAACUUAGAAGAUAAUAAGAGUUAAUGAGGCUGGAAGAGUUAAAAAAAUAAGAAGAAGAGGAGUGUCUACCUAGACCAUACACAAAAGAGCAAUUAGAUUCAAUGUUUUCAAAUAUGAUUGAUUUUUAAUAUUUUGAAAGUGACGUUAAUUGGAUCAAAAUUAAAGAUAGAAAACAUUUUGAUUAUAAGGAAUUUAAAAGGUAUGAAUAAAGAAAAGAGAGUAAAAUCCCUACCUAAAAGAGGGAAAAUAAACCAGAAGUUCAAUUAGAUAGACAACCAGUAUAAUAGAACGAUUAAAAUCCAAGAAUACCUUAAAGAACUACAAUCUCUAUAUAAGAAUAACUUUAGAGAGAUAAAUUGAAAUAAUAAGCUUAUUAUUGGUCAUAGAUUCUUGAAAUAACUCCAGAAUAAAAGAAAGCAGUCGAAAGAGAUCUAAAAUAUAGGUUGAAUCAAUUAGCCCCUGAUAAUGAACUCUAAGUAUCAAAAUUCAUAAUAGACAUCAUUGAAUAAAAGUAUGCUUAAUUUAAUUUUAAUUAGUUUAGAUUUCAUUGAUUUUUUAACAGAAAAAAUAAUAGAAAAAGCUUAAAUCGAACCUAAAUACAGAGGUUUGUAUAUCAAUUUGUGUUCCAAAUUAGCUACUUUGCCUAAUUUAUAAUUAAAGAUUUAAGAUAAAAAUGGGAAGACUAAAUAAUAAUCAAAAUUCAAAGCUUCUUUAUUGAAUAGAGUCUAGAAAAUGUUCAAUAGUAGAAAAAUAAUGGAUUAUGACACAUCUAAUUUGAAACCAGAGGAGAAGAUCUAAUUUCACAUGAUAAGAAAGAGAAAGAUUAUGGGAAGUAUAAAAGUUAAAUUUAUCAUUUAGAUGUAAGAUUUAUUGGUGGAUUAUAUUUAAAAUCAUUAUUACCUAUACAAGCCUUAUCUAGUGUAUUAUCAGAAUUAAUAGGAGAAUACCUUAUUGGUUAUGAUCCUAAUGGAGAUACAGCUGAUGAAUCUUUGGAAGGAUUAAUUGAACUUAUAGAUCAAAGUAUUUUUUAUAAUAUAUAAUUUAGUUGGUCAAAGUUUUAAUUAAAAUGAAAGAAUAACUGAUGAAGCAUUUAUUAAUAAAAUUGGAUAGACUUUGAAUGGAUAGAAAAAAUCAUUAGAUUAAAUUGAAGGUUUAUUUAAAGAUAUAAAGAAAUAAACUGUUUUAGAUUUGAUGUAAAAAGUCUUUGAGAAAUUGUUGGAGAAUUAUCACUUUUCUUAAAGAAUUAGAUUACUCAUUGAAAAUUUAUUAGAUAAAAUAAAAAAAGGUUGGCAAGGUUCAUAUGCUAAAAAGGAAGAGUUGGCUGAAAGUGCUUAGAAAAUUAAUGAAUUAGAAGAAGAGGAUCCUUUAGAACUUUAAUUAAGAGAAGCAAGAUAAAAUUCUGCAAAAAAGGAGAAUCUUUCUAAUGAAUAAGAUUAGAAAAUAAGAGCAAAAGAUAUAACUAUGUUAUUGAGUAGUUCAUUUCAAUUUGACCCUGUUGAUUAGAUGGAUAAAUUAAGAAAUGAAUUAAAGAGAAUAUAAGUUGAAGCCCCUGAAUUAUUAAAUGUCUUCUUUGAGACUUUCUUUUAAAAUAUGUUAGCUUGUAUUCAUAUAAUAUAUAUUCACUUUAGUAAAAUAAGUAAAACAGAAUAUUGAGAGAGCUCCAUUAGUUUAUGAUUUAUUAGUCAUGGAAGAAGCACAGGAAGAAAUUGUUACUAAGGCACUAUAAGAUGUAUAUAAUAAUAUUUAUAUAAAGAUUUUGGAUGAAGAUUUAGCCUAUAAUAUAAGUGAAUCUGGUAAUUCUUGUAAAUUAGUUACCGCAAUAUUGUGCCGUUUUAUUGUUGAAUUAGAUUGGAAUGCAUUGAAAAAGUUUUAUCUUAAGCCUCUUUUUGAUAUUGAAGAUUUUGAUGAAUUUUUGAUUAAAGUAGGAAAUCAAUUAAUAAGCUAAUUUCCAGAUUAAUCAAAUAGAGAGUUGAUUGAAAAGUAUUUUAAUCUGCUCAAACAAGGCUUGAGCACUUAAUUAAAUUUUGAUUGA